AUGAAGGAGGAUGCAUAUCUCCUGAGUGAGUGUGAAGCAAUGUUGAAGCGGGAGGAGAACAAGAUCAACCCGAUGGAAACGUUACUCACCCAGAUUGUGUUUGAAUAUUUGAAGUCGGCGAGUAUUGACAAGUUUGCUGCAAGACUCACAAAGCUUAAGAAGCAGGAAGCCUUAAGAAAGAGAAUAGUGAAGGCUUUGAAAAUGAACGAUAUGAGCGAAGUGUCUGAUUUGAUGAAUAAGUUGCCUGCCGAUGACGAUAUCAUAUUGCCUGGGUUACUGAAACUGAAAUAUGAUUACCUUGCCCACAAGAGUGCUGUGGAUGUCAAGUGUCAAAACACUACCCCGAAGAGAGCCGGGAAAUUUAGAUCGUAUGUAUACUAG